AUGGAUUCCAUCGUUAUGAAUAGUGUUAGCGUUGAUGUCAAUAUAGCAACAGUGUUUGGUGCGAAUGCAUCAGGCAAAAAAACUAAUGAAUAUGAAGCUUAUCAUAUUGUGGACACAAGCACAUCAUUUACCAUCUUAAAUGCUCAUGAGCAAAAAUCCUUCUUCCCACAUGAUGGAAACGAUUUACAUGCUCUUAUGACUAUAAUGACAGAAAAUGAUGAUGGGUCGUGGUCCAUGCAUGCUGAGAAUCAUUCAAUUAUAAAGCGUUGCAUAGUUACCUUUGAUGGUCGUAAUAUAUAUGCUACCCCAGGACAUAUUGAACAAGUCAUACCUCAUCUCACCGGAGCAGAUGCCUCUCUUCAAUUAGUAUACAAGUUGGGUUUGGUAGAAAUUAUUAACAAGUCAUUAAAAGACAUUUUUGUGCGAGUAGACAGCGAUAAUAUUCGGAAUACAAAAGUAAGAACAGAAGUUAGCGCCAAACUUAGUGCAGAAUAUAAAAAGAUAAAAGGGUCAGCAGGUGUAAACGGUGUUUCGGAAGUAACUAAUACGGUUUAUUAUCGUGCUGACCAAAGCAUUGGUUACACCUAUCUUCCUGCGGCUUAUAGUGAUUAUUCUACAGCUGAAUUCUAUUUGAACGUUCCUAGCAGCGAUCAGUAUUUCGUAUCGAUCGCCUAUAUGAGUUAUAACGAUUCAGUAGAAGAAGUUUUGGUACAACUCUGUGAAAAUGAAGCCCACUACCAUCGUAGGGCUGAAGGAAUACCUAGAAUUACCAUAUAUGAAAAUCACAAAAGUGGUGGUAUUCUUGCUGUACCUUGUAAGCCAGGUGAACAUAAAGACAGAAACAUGGGUCUUUACUAA